AUGCCUGAUGAAGCCUCGUUAAGAGGCGAAACACGUGUAGCAAUAGCACAAGCAAAGGAGGCGUUCUGGAUUCAGUUUAAGAAUCCUCGACCAGGUGAUGAAGCUGUGAACUCAUUAUACCAAAGGAUAAUUAAAGGGGAUGACACAACUAUAGAGGAACAUCCUUACGCUGUCCAGAUAUUUAAGGAUUCUGAUCUUGUAUGUGGAGGAUCUCUUAUCAGCAUGAGGCAUGUUCUAUCUGCGGCGCAUUGCUUUAUGAAGGGGAACAAUGCUGUGAGUCCUAGUCAUUUCACCAUUAUAGCCGGAUCUGAAUAUUUCAACAGAGGCGGUACAGAGGUGUCUGUGUCGAUGAUUGUAAUCCACGACAGUUACGACCCAUCAACGGAAGAUUGCGACAUCGCCGUGGUGGUUCUAAGUUCGAUUCUCAUUCAGAGUGACCAAAUCAAGUCUAUCGACAUUCCAAAGCAGGGAUAUAGUCUACCGGAAAACACCAGCGUCACUUUCGCAGGAUGGGGUUGGACUAAUGCGUCUGCAUACUCACCAUCCAAUAUACUCCAAGCGGUGACAGUACCAACGGUAAAUAGAACAAUAUGUGCGAAACACUACGCGGAGAAGAACCUAUCGAACGGCCAGCCCUCGGUGGUCACAGAUAACAUGUUCUGCGCAGGUCUACUCAAUGUAAAGACUCAUGCCAGGGCGACAGUGGUGGGCCCACGGUUUUCAAUUCGACUCUAGUGGGGAUCAUAUCGUGGGGGUAUAACUGCUCAUACCCCGGUUUCCCGAGCGUGAAUGUUAAAGUUUCCGUUUUCAGUA